GAAGAAGAGCUUGAGGGAGGGUGAUGCAGGCAGGKAGCCACCUGCCACACGAUCCAGACYCAGCACUGASCGACCUCGUGGCCGCCCACGUGGCUCGGGCAGAGGCCGGGGUGGGCGACAUCAGUCAUGGGCAUUGAGUGCGUUGGGGGAUGCUGAUGCGAGCACCGCAGGUGGUGUGGAGGAGACUGCUGCAGGAGGUGGCUCACAUGAUGUCGGUGUCCGCACUAGAUCUCGACCAGGUAUUGGGGAGACACGGACAACCUCUUCUCCCAUGUUGGAUGAUGAUCCUGAUGACGAUGGCCCGGUCAACACCUCAGACGAGAUGUCUAGCAGCGACUACGCAGAGGAGACUCGUCUCAGGGGACGCGAUGCAGGGGGCGGUGAUGACAGCUCAGAUGGCAGCGGCGAGGAGUAGCGAGAUGUGAUGUGUUGAUGUUUGUCCAGCUGUGUGGCGAGUGUGCUUCGAC